ACGUCAUCGUUGACGCUUUCCUUAACGUUGCUUGACGUGUGUGUGUCGUCGGCGUCUGACGGUAUGUGGAAAGUAGCAAUGUCGGAGGAGGUUGGAAAGGCGCUGCAGUCGGUGGUGGAGCGGGUGAACCAGGCGGCCGCACGCCGGCCUAAGACUCUGCCUGCUGUGCCUCCUCGCCUCGUCGCUGUCAGUAAGACCAAACCUCCGGACAUGGUGGUGGAGGCGUACAGACAGGGCCAGAGGAACUUUGGAGAAAACUACGUGAAUGAGCUGGUGGAUAAGGCGGCAGACCCUCUGAUCUUAUCCUCGUGUCCGGACAUUAAGUGGCACUUCAUCGGUCACCUGCAGAAGAAUAACGUCAACAAACUCCUGGGUGUUCAGAACCUGUUCCUGGUGGAGACGGUGGACUCAGCGAAGCUGGCCGACAAGGUGAACAGCUCGUGGCAGCGUGUGAGAGGAUCCAGCACGCAGAGGUUAAAGAUCAUGGUGCAGAUCAACACCAGCGGAGAACAGAGUAAACACGGCCUUCCUCCAGAGGACACAGUCAGCACAGUGAAGCACAUCGUGUCUCAGUGCUCCGCCCUGCACUUCUUAGGACUCAUGACCAUCGGACGCUACGGCUACGACCUCCGUCUGGGCCCCAACCCUGACUUCCAGAUGUUGCUCAGUCGGAGACAGGAGGUGUGUGACAGUCUGAAGCUUCCUGUGGAGGAGGUGGAGCUCAGUAUGGGCAUGUCCACAGACUUUGAACAUGCAAUCGAGGUGGGCUCCACUAACGUGCGGGUGGGCAGCAUCAUCUUCGGUAACAGAGAGUAUCCCAACAGCGCAGCUAACACCCCAAACCCGAGUCCAGGUCCGAGUCCGGCCCCCAGCCCCGAGAAAAACUCAAAGACGGUGUCAGAGGAGGCGGCCAAGAAGAUGCAGCACCUCACCGUGUCGGGACAAUAAGAGAAGAAGAAAAUAAAAACUGUUUGUGAGGCACGAAGCAGGAGGUCUCCACGCUGCAGCUGGACCUCUCAUCACAGCCUCGUGUUCAAGUCUUUGAUUAAUCCUCCUCAGUCCGUCAGCGAGCGGCCGCAGAGCAGAACUAGUCUGACCUUUUUUAACAGUAACGUAUCACUCACCUGUAGCGCUCAUGGAAAUCCUCCUGCAGAUCCAAACCCGACGUAGAAGAACACAGAAGGAGUCCGACAUGUUAGUGAGAGUUUGUUUGAUGUGAUAUUUUCUACCUUUCGACCCGACAUGUGACGUCUAACACAAUGUGCCGCUCUAACUGUACAAAGACUUGAUUUAAUAAAUCACUGAUCCCUUUAUAAGUCA